AACACUUGCUACCCAGGAACAAAAAUUGUUACAUGGUGUUAUUUACUGCCGUUUGCACAGAUCCUAAUUAGCACUAGUCUUGGACUACGUGCAUUUCCAUCAGCCACUGGGACUGGUGAAUCGAUCUGAAUUCAGACCUGCCCAUUUACUUUGGCAGCAGACUGAGAUCAAAUCGAUUUCAAUUGAGACCAUGUCCGCCCUAGUUAGGAUUGUGGGCUGUGAAACCAGUCGGACUAUUGUAAACCAGCGGGCACUAGGACCGUGUGUGGCAGGCAGCUCUCUGUAUUGCAGUGUAAGGAAAUGAGAGCGCUGUUGUUGCUGGUUGCUUGUCUGCCGGGGUGAAGAAAUCAUGCAGUACUUUGUCUGGCCCUUGUCUCUGCAGCAGGUGAGCACAGAGCUCAGUAUCCAGCGACAACAACGGCGAUGUCAUAGCCUCGACGGGACAUAGAAACAGACACACAACGCAGCAGGUGGUCUUCUGUACAAGCUUCAUGAACUAGUCCAGAAACAGAAUCAACAAGAUGUCAUCUAAAAGCUGGUUGCCAGGUACUCAGUGCAUUGCCAAGUGUGACCAUGCCAAGCCCAAGGCAGGGGAGCUGAGCUACCACAAGGGAGACAUCCUGACCAUUGUGGACGCUGGCCUGGGCAAAGGGGUUUACCUGGCCCAGCACAACAAGACAGAGGAGAAGGGCACGGUGUCUGCCAGCUGCCUGCGAGAGAGGGAGGCAAUCAGAGUGGACCCCAGCCUCAGCCUCAUGCCGUGGUUCCAUGGGAAGAUCUCUGGUCCGGAGGCGGUCCUCAAGCUCGCUCCCCCCGAGGACGGGCUGUUCCUGGUGCGGGAGUCGAUUCGUCACCCCGGGGAUUACGUGCUGUGUGUGAGCUUCCAGAGAGAGGUCAUCCACUACCGGGUCAUCUACAAGGACAGCAAGCUGACCAUUGACCACGUGCAGUACUUCUACAACCUCAUUGACAUGAUCCAGUCUUACAUGAAGGAGAAGGGAGCGAUCGCCACCACCCUGCAGAAACCCAAACAGAAAGAGGGCACCAAGUCAGCCGCGGAGGAGCUUUCCAAAGCGGGGUGGCUACUGGACAUGGAGAAACUGACCUUGGGGGAGAGUAUCGGAGAGGGAGAGUUUGGAGCUGUUUUUGAAGGGGAGUACAUGGGUCAGAAGGUGGCUGUGAAGAACAUCAAGUGUGAUGUCACCGCCCAGGCCUUUCUGGAGGAAACCGCAGUCAUGACGAAGCUGCAGCACAGUAACCUGGUGCGCUUGCUCGGGGUGAUCCUGCACAACGGGCUGCACAUCGUCACGGAGUUCAUGGCCAAGGGGAACCUGGUGAACUUCCUGCGGUCUCGGGGGCGCUCGCUCAUCAACGCUCGCCAGCUGCUCCGCUUUGCACUUGAUGUGUGUGAAGGGAUGGAGUAUCUGGAGUCCAGGAAAUUUGUCCAUCGCGACCUGGCUGCGCGCAACAUCCUGGUGUCCAGCGACAACGUGGCCAAGGUCAGCGACUUCGGCCUGGCCAAGGUGGAACCAAAAUCCACAGACAACGCCAAACUGCCGGUCAAGUGGACGGCCCCUGAAGCACUGAAGAAAGAGCAAAAGUUCUCGACUCGCUCGGAUGUCUGGAGCUAUGGAGUCCUGCUCUGGGAGACAUUCUCCUACGGCAGGCAGCCGUACCCCAAGAUGACCCUGAAGGAGGUGAAGGAGAAGGUGGAGAAGGGCUAUCGCAUGGAGGCUCCGGAGGACUGCCCCCCUGCCGUGUACGCCCUGAUGCGGAGCUGCUGGGAGAACGAUCCUGGGAAACGUCCGUCUUUCCGCAAGCUGAGAGAGAAGCUGGAGAAGGAGCACCGAAGCUGGGAGCCCACGCCAAGCAGCUGAUCCAGCCAGGGCACACACCCCCACCGCUCCACCAACAGAGAGGCUUCUCCCAUGCAGCCUAGCACCAGACUCCCAUUGCACAGCGCUUUCAGGAAGCGCUAAUCACUUUUCAAAUCCAUUUUAUUGCCUCUUUUAUUAGCACUAGCAAUAUUACCACUGGUCCCCCUUUUCACUGUGUUGAAAAUCUGGCACCGACAGACGGACCACGCUCUUCACCUGGAGCAGAAAGAGCAGGCCAGUGUCAAACUUUACUAGAUUCUUUCGAACACAUGAAACGUUCUCCGAGAGCCGUUGCUUGCUCUUGAGACCACUCUACCACACCGCUAUCAGCUUACCCUGUGUGCUCCAUUUUCAUUACAGCCACUGAUACAGUGAACAUUUUGAUGGCGAGUGAGAUUGCUGCUGGCACUCUAAAAGGUAGUAAUUUUUUAUUUUUAAAAAGUGAUGAAAUGAAUUGCCCUAAAUGCAAUAUUGCCUAAAUUCAAUAUUCGAAUUCUCUCACCUGGCCUGUCUUUCUACACCUAUAUUUAAUUAUAUAUAUAUAUAUAUAUAUAUAUAUAU